AUCCAAUUUGGACCAAACUGGGGGAAAUCCCCUACACAUGUGUGAUCAAAAGUUAUCAAUGACAUAUUUGAUCAGAUGUUGGGCGUGGCUGUGACCAGCCUGUGAUGAAGCGUUCAUUUUCAGAAGCAUAAACCUGUGCUUAUCUCCCAGAAUGUCAGAUCAAGCCCACGAUACGGUGUCCUCUCACUGUCGGAGGCCUCAGCGGUUGUGCAGGAGGGCGAGGGCCUUAACACCGCUUGUGGUUUUAAUUAUUAUUAUUAUUAUUAUUAUUAUUUUGUCAUGGUUGUUUCAUUCGUGGUGAUGGUUUUUUUCUUUAUGUUUCCGUUUCGUCUAGUUUGAUGCCGGCUCUACUGAGCGUGCUCAGAGACAGAAAGGAGCUGUUGACCAAUGAGAUCUACCUGCUGAGCACCGUCACCGCCCUCCAGCGAAUCACGGAGACGCUGCCUCAUUUCAUCAGCCCGUACCUGCAGGACGUCACUUCACAGGCUUCACCACCACAUCCAGUGCCCCCCCCCCCCCAGAGUAAAAACAGCAGAACUGAGGACAGUCCUACAGAAGGUGAACCCCAGAAAGGCUGCAGGUCCAGACCAGGUACCAGGGAGAACCCCCAAAGGCCUGUGUCCACCAACUGUCUGUGGUAUUCACAGACAUAUUCAAUAUGUCAUUCAGCCAGCAGGUGGCGCCAGCAUGCUUGCAGACUGCUGCUGUCGUCCCCGUCUCAAAGGGCUCCACAGUGUCAUGUCUGAAUGACGACCGCCCUGUGACUCUGACUUCUACCAUCAGGAAGUGCUUCGAAAGCCUCGUAACGACAGAAAUAAAGAAACUGAAGGAGAACUACAUGGUUCUGUUACCGGAGACCAUCCCGUUCCUGGCAGAGCCCAUGGAAGAUGAGUGUGAGCAGGUGGAGCAGCAGGUGCAGACCGUCGUCCAGGAGAUGGAGAACAUCCUGGGAGAACCGCUCAACACCUACUUCUAAACACAGGGGAGGUUCAAAAAAACCACAGAUGCUUCACAGUCGAUUUGUACUUUUGUCUCCAAUGGAAAAACUCAACUCAUGUCACAGCGUCGACUCCAACAUAACUUUAAAUAAAACGGAUCAUUUCA